AUGCCCAUUCCCUCGCGCGUCCAGAUCCUUGCCUCCCUCUACGGACCCCCGCCGGACCCCCCGCGGCUUGUUGUGCGCUUACGCCCGCCCUCACGGGUGCUCACGCUUCCCCCGGAAUUGCUUUACAAUGUCCUUGCAGAGUGCAUUGGAAACUACCUCCUCCGCUGCUUCUUUAUUCCCCCGCAGAGCUGGGAGGAGUGCUACUGCCGGCGCACAGAGAACCCCGCGCCUACGCUCCUGAGCGUUGCACACCAAUGGCGCGAGAUAAUGUUCGUCGUACUGCGCGAUGCGCUAGGCGUGGUCAGGGCCGAAGACGGCAGCCUCCCCCAAAAUGCAUGGUGCGGCCUUGCACAUGUCCUUGAGCAGAACUUCCUCUGCACGCGCGACGACUCCGCUGCAGUCGCUGUUCACGCGGCCACGUUUGCCGCCGCGGCGCCACCCCCCGCUCUCUCAGAUGUCCUCCGCGUGCUGCUCGGGCUCGCACGGCUUGAACAGUACUUCCGAGGAGCCCUUCGCGCUCGGCGGUUGCGGCGGGACCUGCCCUCGGAGCAGCUGAAGGAAGUGUGCGUCGCGGUGGGGCGGAUGCGCUGCUCAAGGUGGCUGGAGGCAUGCGGACUCGGUGCGGUGCGGCUCAGGCCGGCUUUGAUGCGCAGUGCAGCUAUGCUCCAUCUGCAUUUGUUCAAACAUGUCUUGCACACGGCACGAAAGCAGGUACGCUUGGGGAACCCUAACGAGGAGAUGAUGCGUGAGAUCGUUGAGACGCUCUCUGAGGAGCUGAAGCUGCUCACCGGCAGGAACGGGGCCGGGGGGACGGGAACUUAUGACCUCAAUUGUGCACCAUAUGUCAACCAUUCGAUGCUGAUCGUGCGUCUCCUCUCUUCCCUGCAGAGUUCCCACCUAAUAUCGUAA